GAACUUUCAACAGCGUGUCUCUGUUUUUCACCCGGACAACUUUGUAGAAACACCGCGGGCUCUUUGAUUUUUUUCUUAUUUGUUUUCUUCUUUACUUUUGUUUUUUCCUUUAAUUCGGAAUAACAUUCUGUACGCAAACACAUCUUGGAGGGUCGCCCUGGACGAACGAAGUAUUUUUUACAUAGUUUUCUGUAGCGCGGUGCAUAUAAAUAAAUGAAUUCAUGUCAUCUGAAUGAUACCUUAGGAGAAGUCCCAGCAUUGAAUUAGUAUUUUUAUGUAAUGCACUAUUAUGAGUUAUUGUAAGUGAGAAAACGACACGUAACAGCACAAAUGUUACCCUUAGCAGACAUUUUAAACCUUUUUUAAUCAACGAAGCACUACUGUAAACAUAUUUGUAUAUUUAUUUCUGAAUGUAAUGACUACGUCAACAAGGAAAAUUUAUUUGGGACAGCAUCGGAUUGUGAGGAAGGGCAUAGUUCAUAGAGAUGAGAAACCACAAGGACAAUCCACACGCCUGCAUGAAGCAUGUUCCUCUGAAACAGUUGUACCUGACAAUAAGUGUAAUAAGCUAAAACAAAUCCAGAAUAAGCAAUGGAUGCCCGGAGAGUCAACUCUGGCUAUGGAUGAUGAAAUUUUACAAGCCAUAGAUGAGCUCAGUCCAGACGUCUUGAAAUUUCAAAUUGGUAAAAACAAACCAAAUUCUGCAUCUGGGUGUCAGAAAGAGUCUGAAUCAGCAUUACGUGAGAAACGCUCUGAUGUUUCAGAAGUACCAGAAAAGAGUUGCGAGCUUCAAGUUCCAAAUGCAAAUCUGAGCCCCUCAACUCCAGGAUCACCAGAACGCAGGAGAACCAGAACACAAGCAAAAAAAGAGAAAGACUGGAGGGAUUUAGCUCAAAAACUGUUGUUCAGUGAAACCAAAAAGACAGAAGGGGAGCGGGCCCAUGGUCGUGAAUUGGGACAUACAAAAUAUCAUUCCCCUCAAAAGAUCUUCAAUUCUAUGAAGAAAACAUUUAAAGUAGCAAAUGACAGGAGACAGUUAAAGUUCAAUAAACAUAGCCCAAAUGGUUCACUUAAUACCUCCAAAAAUUACAUUCUGUUUAGUCCAACACAUAUGGCUGCUGCUAAAGAGCGAUCCAUGUUACAGCAGCAAAGAUCUCUUAAAAACCUGUCAGUCUCUGUGCUCACCCCUCCACCUGGCUUGGAUCUUAGCAUCCUAAGUGAUGCUACGCUACCUGAUGCUGCACAAAGCAUCCAUAUGGGGCGCCCGGCCGAUCAGUUAGAUAAGCUUCUGCUCUCCAGUUGGGGUCUCCCUAAGCCUGUGCUAGACAAGUACCAGAGUCUGGGUGUUCACAGAAUGUUUGAGUGGCAGGCUGAGUGUCUGACCUUGGGCAAAGUGUUGGAGGGUCAAAAUCUGGUGUACUCUGCGCCAACCAGUGCUGGAAAAACUUUGGUUUCAGAGUUGUUAAUUCUGAAGAGAGUUCUGGAAACAAGACAGAAGGCCAUGUUCAUCCUUCCUUUCGUGUCUGUGGCGAGAGAGAAGAUGUUUUAUCUACAGAAUGUGUUUCAGGAGGCAGGGGUCAGAGUGGAGGGGUAUAUGGGUAACACCUCGGCUGCUGGUGGUUUCUCAACCUUGGAUGUUGCUGUGUGCACAAUAGAGAAAGCUAACGGACUCAUUAACCGACUCAUUGAAGAAGACAAACUGGAUUUACUUGGAAUUGUUGUGGUCGAUGAGCUGCACAUGGUUGGGGACUCUGGUCGCGGAUAUUUGUUAGAACUUUUGCUGACUAAAAUCCAAUACAUCGCAAAGAAAAAUGCAAUGAGGUGCUCUGGCCAAACUACCACUGCAGGUGUGCAGAUUAUUGGUAUGAGUGCCACACUGCCAAAUUUGGACCUUCUUGCCCGCUGGUUGAACGCUGAGCUUUAUAGUACUAACUAUCGUCCUGUCCCGCUAAUGGAGUGGGUGAAGAUUGGCACGAAUGUCUAUGAUGGCUCUCUGAACCUGGUCAGGCAGUUCACCCCAGCUCUUUCCAUAAAGGGAGAUGAUGACCACAUCGUAAGCCUCUGCUUUGAGACUGUGCAGGACGGACAUUCUGCACUUCUCUUCUGUCCUUCAAAGAACUGGUGUGAGAAGCUGGCAGACAGCAUCGGCAGGGAGUUUUACAAUCUUCAUCAAAAAGAGAUACAAUCAGGCUCUGGAGUGCAAAGUAUUUCUUUAAAUCAAGAAGGUCUCCAGGAUGUGUUCGCCCAGCUUAAGCGAACUCCCGCAGGUUUAGAUCACGUCCUUCAGAGGACUGUUCCCUGGGGAGUGGCCUUCCACCAUGCAGGUUUGACAUUCGAUGAGCGGGAUAUUCUAGAAGGUGCUUUUCGUCAAGGCUACAUCAAGGUGCUAGCUGCAACCUCCACCUUGUCCUCUGGUGUAAACCUGCCGGCUCGACGUGUGAUUAUCAGAACUCCUGUUUUCAAUGGUCAUUUGUUGGACAUACUGACAUACAAGCAGAUGGUGGGACGGGCAGGGCGUAAAGGCGUGGACACCUUGGGUGAGAGUGUGCUGGUCUGUAAAGAGGUCGAACGUGCGAAAGGUUUGAGCCUCAUUCAGGGCUCACUAAAACCUAUCAGCAGCUGUCUGGUGAAGCGGGAGGGUGAAGGCGUCACUACUAGCAUGCUCAGAGCUAUCCUGGAGAUUAUCGUGGGAGGUGUUGCCAGCUCACCGCAGGAUGUAAGAAUGUAUGCUUCCUGCACUCUCCUGGCAUCUAGUGUGGCAGCCGAACCAGUCAAUCAGGAAGGGGCCGAUUCGGAAGCUCGCAGCAAGGGGGCUAUCGAGACCUGCAUAGAGUGGCUUAUGGACAAUGAGUUCAUCCAUAUAGAGAAGGACGGAGAUGUGGAGAGAUAUUGCCCCACUCAUCUGGGUUCUGCGACUCUUUCUUCGUCUUUAUCACCCCCGGAGGCCCUGGGAAUUUUCGCAGAUCUCCAAAGAGCAAUGAAAGGAUUUGUUUUGGAAAAUGAUCUCCAUAUCUUAUAUCAGAUAACACCUGUGUAUGUGGACUGGACGACGAUAGACUGGUACCAGUUCUUCUGUUUGUGGGAGCAACUACCCUCUGCGAUGAAGCGAGUGGCUGAGAUGGUGGGCAUCCAAGAAGGAUUCCUGGCUCGCUCCGUUAGUGGAAAAUUAAUUGUUAAAACAGAGAAGCAACGCAGACAGAUGGCUAUUCACAAACGAUUUUUUACAACCUUGGUGCUCUUUGACCUUGUAAGUGAAGAACCCUUGGGAGCUGUUGCAAAAAAGUACGCCUGUAGCCGAGGACAGCUUCAGUCACUGCAACAGUCUGCCUCAACAUAUGCUGGUAUGGUUACAGUCUUUUGUAAUCGGCUUGGAUGGCACAACCUGGAGCUGCUUCUGUCCCAAUUCCAGAGUCGUCUGAGUUUCGGAGUCCAGCGGGAAUUGUGCGACCUGGUUCGGAUUUCUUUACUGAACGCCCAGAGAGCACGAACGCUCUACAGCUCUGGGUUUGUCACUGUGGCAGAAGUAGCAAGGGGUGAUGUUGCAGACGUUGAAAAGGCCCUCAGAAAAGCAAUUCCUUUCAAAAGUUCCAGACAGGCAGUGGAUGAGAGCGAGGUGGAGGCUCAAGAGCGCAAGAGCAUGCGGUGCAUCUAUGUCAGCGGAAAGAAGCCUUUAACUGAAAGAGAAGCCGCUCAGCAGAUUAUAGCUGAGGCCAGACUGCUCCUUCAGCAGGAUUUGGCUUUACUUGGUGUGGAAUGGAACCCUGCUUCCUCAUCGGCCCAGCCGGAUUCCAGUUCCACAAAAGAGUCCCCCAACCCAAAAUCUGUAGAGUCAGUAUCAAGUUCGAACCAUAAGCAAAAUCAAGAGGAAAUGAAACCGAGAGAGACAGUAGCAGAACAGAGGUUAUUAGCGAACAAAAGUACAGAGUCCUGUGCUCCAAUGACAGUAGAGCUCACAGCCAAUUUGGAAAAGCCGAUGGAAAUCGACUCUGCCACGGACAUUUUUGUACAACAGGCUGCUAAGAAAUGUGAACAACAAUCAAGUGCAUUGCACAAAGUUCUCAAAUCUCUAGAUGUGAAAGACAAGGGCCAUCACAGUAAUCGAACACCACAUGGGUCAUCUGAGAAUUCCAGUUUAAAAAAUGACAAAAAUUGUGUAAGUCCACUCUCAAAACGCAGAAGGGUGGAUGUUGACAAUAAAGAAGAAAUCAUUGCCGCUAAAACAGAAACUCUGAUCGUAAACGAAAGUAGCCCAGUGACGAAUGCUGAAGGGAUUUCCUCUAAUGAUAGGCAGCCUGAGACCUUUAGAUUAGAGAAAAACACGCAAAAGUCCUGCCCUACACUGCAGGAUGGGGGUGCCCCAAAUUUAGCCACUGCGUUUCCCUUAGAUAAGGGAAAAAAAUGCACAUCAAAAACUAAACAUUUAAAUCAAAGUUCAAAUAAUGAAACCUCAAAGCGAGCAGUCAGUUACAGGAAACUCGGCAAACAAGAUGAGAAAGAUCAGCACCUAAACCUCAAAGUUACAAAUGAAUCAGUAGGUGCUGAAAAGCUUUGCUCCCCUGACCUGUACGCAAAUGGUUUCGAAGAGUUUAACGACAGCUUCCAACUCGAUACACAGACUGAGAAAAUUUUGCUCCAAGCAGGUAAUUUUUCACAUGAAAACAAACAGGCAAAUCAGUUAUCUGUUCAGGAACACAGGAAAUCCCAGACCGAAACGAGGUCAACAGGAAAACAACAAAUCAAAGAUGUGACUAAUGGUUUAUCACCACAUCAAAAUGAACCAAACAGCCUUUCACCAGUUGAAGCCAAACCCAAAUACAACAUCUCACUUACUGACAGCCAGUUAGAAAAGAUUUUAAAUUAUAGUAAUCAGGUUUCAGAAGAAGAAAAAAGAGCCGAUCAAAGUGAAAAUCAUGAGUCCUCGGAUCGUAACAGUAGCCCUAACCGAAGCAGCAGCUUUCUGUUUGACAGUCUUUAUGACAACUCCAUCUUGGAUGCAAUAGAGGAGGCAGCAAUCGAUAUAGAGAAUAAUGGAGAGCAGGUAGUUGAAAUACAAAGUAAUCAUGAAAAGAGCAACUCUGUACCAACAGAGGAUCAAGAAGCAAAACAAUGGGGGGAAUCAUCCUUCAAUCUCUCAGAAUGGGGUGAUUCGUUAUUUAUUGGAGAACACUACAUUGAAAAAGUUAACGGGGUUGUCAAAGCUUGUGACGGAUCAGAACCACCAUGCAUUGUCGAAGCUGAGCGAGCCGUGUGUACAGAUGACACACGUUUGUCACACGGCAAUGAGCCUCAUUUAAAAAUACCAUCUGAAAAACUUGACUUAAACGAUUCCUCGUUUCAUUUCAGCCCAGGAAUGCAAGACAUUUUUGAUAAAUGGUCCGAUCAGUUUUCAACUUUAGCAGAAGCUCCUCCAGGGCAGGCGAAUUCGACUGUGGUGGAGGCUGAUGUUGCUUCUGCUAUUGAAAAGCAAUCUGUUGAGCAGUUAAGUCCAGUAACACCAACAACUGAAGAUUACAAGGUACUCCAGGUAAAACCAGUGACCAAUGACCUUAUUCCUCCCACUCCUGUGUCUGAUCCAGUCACCCCAAGGGUGAAAAUGACCACCUCCGCUUUACAGUCACCUCUCAACAACAAAACUAAUCGGAGAUCUGAAAUGGGUCCACAGAAAGUUUAUCAAGCUUGUUUGAAGACAAACUCUACAUCAGAAGUGGACACUUCUCUGGUGGAUGAGGGCUUUGAAAGACUUUCUCAGUGUCCAUCGCUACCUGCUUCUAACUCCUGCAGUCCAGAAUCAUUUACCAUUAUCGAUGUGGCAAGCGAUAAGCAGCUUUUUCAAACAUUUGUAAAAGAAUGGAAAACAAAAGACAGAUUUUCUCUUGCGGUCGCUUGUGAGAAGAUAAACGGCAAUAUUGUGCAACCGGAGAACGUUAUCGGUGGCAAAUUAAAAAAACGUACUGAUGCUACCACACCUAUGAGGAACAAACGAAAAGAUGGCUUUCUUUUAAAAGGAUCUGAAGAUCUUGUCAUCAUUGGCAUAUCAGUAUGUUGGGGAGCAAAAGAUGCUUAUUUUGUGUCCCUACAACAGGAGCUGUCAGACACGGAUAUAAGUGCCAGCUUAGCUCCACCACCUCUCGAUGAGAGUCUGACAGUCGAAGAGAGAAUGAAACAAAUUCAGUGCUGCUUGGAAAAAGCAUCGUUCUCGGAUGCCGACAGAGCGAUAGUUACUUAUGACUUCAUUCAGAUGUACAAGACACUUCUUCUGGCCUGUCAGCUCACUAUGUGUGGCAUGUUUGAGGACCCAAAGAUUGCAUGUUGGCUUCUGGAUUCAAGCUCCAAAGAGCGCACCCUCCACAACAUGGUGACCAGCUUUGCUGCUGAGGAUCUCCCAAUGCUGGAUGGAAUUAGUCCCGGUCAGGGUGUACAGAGUUUAGGAAUCUAUGGAGACGCCAGUCAUAGCGGACGAUACAGAGCUGCUGUUGAAUCUGUUCUGGUCUUCAGGGUCAUGAGGCAACUCAAUGUUCUUCUUGAAAAAGAGGAUUUCUUGGAUGUGUUCAAGAAGGUGGAGAUGCCCACCCAAUACUGUCUGGCUUUGUUGGAGCUGAAUGGGAUUGGGUUUAGUGUUGAGGAAUGUGAAGCACAGAAACACGUAAUGCAGGCCAAACUCAGUGCCCUUGAAGCACAAGCCUAUCAGCUAACAGGACACACUUUCUCAUUGACCAAUCCAGAAGACAUUGCAGAGAUACUGUUUCUCGAGUUGAAGCUGCCUCCCAAUGGAGAUUUAAGUGGUCUGAAGAAUAAGAAGACUCUGGGAUACACUAGAAGAGCAGGAGGCCGUGUAAAACUUUCAAAACAGUUUAGCACGACCAAGGAUGUUUUGGAGAAGCUCAAACCAUUGCAUCAGUUACCAGGUGUAAUCCUUGAGUGGAGAAGAAUCACAAAUGCUUUGACAAAAGUGGUUUUCCCCUUGCAAAGAGAGAAGAAAUGGCACGCACAACUGAAGAUGGACAGAAUACAUCCAAUCUCACAGUCACACACUGCUACAGGGCGGGUGAGCUUCACUGAACCAAAUGUUCAGAAUGUCCCAAAAGAUUUUGAAAUUCAGAUGCCAACUCUUAUCGAAGAAAGUCAACCAUCACAGUGUGGGGCAAGCAAGACAUGGGGUAAAAGAUCAAAGAUUAACCGGCAGUUGGCACCCCUUUUAAAAACAUCAGACAAAUUACCAGACAAAGGAAUGCCAUUUUCUGUUAGUAUGCGGCAUGCAUUUGUUGCUUUUUCAGGAGGGCUGAUUCUUGCUACCGACUACUCACAACUGGAGCUGCGUAUCUUAGCUCACCUCUCCAGAGACAGACGUCUCAUUCAGGUUCUCAACAGUGGUGCUGAUGUUUUCAAAAGCAUAGCGGCUGAAUGGAAAAUGGUGGACCCUGCUUCAGUCGAUGAUAAUAUGAGGCAACAGGCCAAACAGAUUUGUUAUGGAAUCAUCUAUGGCAUGGGUGCAAAGUCACUUGGAGAGCAAAUGGGCAUUGAGGAGAAUGAUGCCGCCUGUUACAUUGAGACAUUUAAAGCCAGAUACACAGGCAUACAGACUUUUCUUCGUGAAACUGUGAAAAGGUGUGUGACAAACGGCUAUGUGAAGACAUUACUUGGCAGAAAACGUUUCUUGCCAGGAAUAAAGGAUGCAAAUAUGUACAUAAAGUCUCACGCAGAGCGACAGGCAGUAAACACAACAGUACAGGGCUCCGCUGCCGACAUUGUCAAACUGGCAACCAUCAAUAUUCAGCGCAGACUGGAAGCAGCUUUUCCUGGAGAGCCCACGUCACAUCGGCAUCCUCCAGUCAGAGCAGGUGGUCGACACAGAAAUCAGUUUAGAUCUCCUCGGGGAGGAUUUUUUAUACUUCAACUACAUGAUGAACUGAUCUAUGAGGUAGCAGAAGAAGAUAUCAUCCAGGUUGCACAAAUUGUGAAGCGAGAGAUGGAGUCUGCUGUUAAAUUACAUGUAAAGCUAAGAGUAAAAGUCAAAGUGGGACCAAGCUGGGGUAACCUUCAAGAUUUGGACAUUUAAUUAUAAUGAUCAUGUACAACAUGUGUAGAUGUAUUUUGUACAUAUGUAUUAAAGACUUUCAAAUCUAAAAUAAAAUGCAAUACAUUAAAAUAAUGUAUAACUUGCAAUGACCAGAAAUUUUACAUUUUAUUGCUGUUAACAUAUCCACAUUUUGUCUAACAUUUAGACUUUAAUGAAUAAAAAGAAAUGACA